GCAGCUACGCGCGGAAGCUCGUCUGUGUGCGUAUCGCACUGUUUCCUGGAAAAGAUCCGAUCCUCGAAAAUUGCGUGUCCAAUCCUUCGCCUCACUUCCAUCCCCACUACGUCUUAAGUCGUGCUCCUUCUUCGUCGUCGUGACUAUACGGAGGCCAGUUCACCACCGCUCGUAUCCUUCGUACGAACGUGUAUCGAUGAUGAUGGACAGCGAAAUCAAGGAUGUCUCCAACGAAUGCAAACGCACCGUGCGACUCCUGGAGUUGUUGAAGCGCACGAAUUACGAGCUCGUGCAGGUGAACGGACAACGACGGCUGACGGCUCCGGAAGUGACUGCGGGUCAGCAGAAGCGCAACAAGGGCACCGAGGUGUUCCUGGGCCGAUUGCCGCGCGACUGCUACGAGGACGAGCUGAUGCCGCUGCUGGAACAGGUGGGCCGGCUCUUGGAGCUGCGUCUGAUGCUGGACUUCUCCGGGUCGACGCGCGGCUACGCUUUCGCGUCCUACGAGUCCUCGCGGAUCGCCCGCGAGGCCUGCGCGCGUUUCAACGGCUACGAGAUCCGUCCUGGCCACCGCAUCGGCGUGGUCAAGUCCAUGGACAACUGCCGCCUCUUCUUCGGCGGCGUCCCCAAGAACAAGACCAAGCCGGAGUUCAUGGAGGAGCUGACCAAGAUGCUGGACGACAUCACGGAUAUCUACCUGUAUCCGAGCGCGCACGAUCGCAGCCUCAACCGCGGUUUCAUCUUCGUCGAGUUCAAGGAUCAUCGGGCGGCAGCGAUGGCACGGCGUAAGCUGAUACCCGGGAAAGUGAUGCUGUGGGACCACGAGAUCGCUGUGGACUGGGCGGAUCCGGAGCCUGGAGAACCGAUGGACGAGGACAUCAUGGAAAGGGUAACGACUCUGUUCGUAAGAAAUCUUCCGCUCGACAUAUCGCAGCAAAAUGUGAGGGGAAUUUUCCACAGGCAUACGAAUGUGCCAAUAUUGAAAUUGAAGAAGAUCAAUCACUUCGCUUUCAUUCAUUAUGAAAAUCGUCAAACUGCGCAGAUUGUAAUGGACAUAAUGCAGAAACCGGGUAGCAUCGUCGAGCAGCAGGGUUGGGAGAUUUGUUGGGCGAAACCGAUCGGAACGAAGAAUUUGAAUAGACAACAACAUAUUCACGAAGCGGCAACUAAUUCAAAUUCCAUACCUGAACAAAUUCCAUAUCAAAAGACUGAAACAUCGCGCUCAAAACAAGCCAAGAAUAAGAAGGACUAUAUCAAAACGGAAAUACCAUUCGAAGACAGCAUUUACUUGGCGCAGAUGAAGAUUCUGCAAAAUUUCGUCAAGGAGAGAUUCAAUGCGACGUGCACCUUCGAUUGCAUAUCAUUGCCAGAUUCAUCCGGAUAUGUUGGCACAAUAAUUAUUCAUAAAGAUCAGAUGACUUUAUUCAAUUUUCAAGGAAAUCCGAUGGCGUCGAAGCAUAAAGCCCUGAGCGUGUUAUGCGUUAAAAUAUAUCAGUAUUUGACAAGCACGUUCCUAAAUUCUGGUACGUACAAUAUUUUGGCUUGCGUUAUAUUAAAAGCUUUUGAUUACUUCGUGCUCUAUUUGUCCGUUGAAUCAAAGGAUUUUGACAAAAUGUUUCCGCGCGAAUUAAUUUAACAACGUGAUCCAACAACGAAAAACACGUGUAACAUUCAUAAAAUUUGAGCUUUUAGUAAUAAUAAUCGAGACACAAGUGGCGUUUAUCGUAAAAUCUCGUUUGCGUUUUGUUUCCGCCUCGAAAAAUGUUUUUGCAAUACGCAAUAUAUUGCAUUUUAAUACUAUUUCACGUAUUUCUACAGCGCUACAACCAUAGUUGAACAGCAUUGCAUUCAAUCAGAAAUAGGCAUUAAUCCUGUGGUUGGUAUGCCAAUUGGAUGGCAUUCAAGGAUAGCUCAAAAUUAGAUUUAUGAUCCGUUGCUACUACAUUAUUGUCCAUUUUGUUUUGUUUUUUCUUUUUAAUUAGUCAUCGAUUGUUUAUGGAUACAAAAUUUACAAAUGCAACAGCAUCAAUAGAACUGCACAAUUGUAUUCUAUAACUAUGAUCUUAUUUUGAUUUUAUUAUUUUACUAAUGACA